AUGUUCAGGCGGAUGUUUCCCGCAAUGAGAGUGAAGAUUUCAGGUUUAGACCCACAUCAGCAGUAUUAUAUUGCUAUGGAUAUUGUGCCAGUGGAUAACAAAAGAUACAGGUACGUUUAUCACAGCUCCAAGUGGAUGGUGGCUGGUAACGCUGACUCCCCGGUGCCGCCUCGCGUUUAUAUUCACCCUGAYUCUCCCGCCUCGGGGGAGACGUGGAUGAGACAAGUGAUCAGCUUUGACAAACUGAAGCUUACCAAUAACGAGCUGGAUGACCAAGGGCAUAUUAUCCUUCACUCAAUGCAUAAAUACCAGCCUCGUGUCCACGUCAUCCGAAAAGACUGUGGUGAUGAUCUGUCCCCUGUCAAGCCCAUCCCUUCAGGAGAAGGGGUGAAAGCCUUCUCCUUUCCAGAGACAGUUUUCACUACUGUCACAGCAUAUCAAAAUCAACAGAUAACUCGUCUGAAGAUUGACAGGAAUCCAUUUGCCAAAGGGUUUAGAGAUUCGGGCCGUAAUAGAAUGGGACUGGAAGCUCUGGUAGAGUCUUACGCCUUCUGGAGACCUUCACUGAGGACACUGACAUUUGAAGAUAUACCUGGGAUACCCAAACAAGGAAAUGCAGGUUCCUCUACCUUACUCCAGGGAUCUGGCAGUGGAGUUCCAUCUACCCACCCUCACCUUUUACCGGGCUCCCCUUGCUCAUCUCCAGCCUUCCACCUCAGUCCCAACACUAGCCAGCUGUGUACCCUYGCUCCAGCUGACUACACAGCUUGUGCCCGCUCAGGCCUGACCCUGAACAGAUACAGCACAUCCUUGGCUGAAACCUACAACCGCCUCACAAACCAGAGCAGCGAGACCUUUGCGCCCCCGAGGACUCCCUCCUAYGUCGGAGUGUCGAGCAGCACAACUGUGAAUAUGUCCAUGAGUGGCAGUGACGGGGAUGCGUUCAGCUGCCCGCAGACUGGCUUAUCCAUGCAGAUUUCAGGGAUGUCUCCACAGCUCCAGUACAUCAUGCCGUCCCCKUCCAGCAAUGCCUUUACCACUAACCAAACCCACCAAGGCUCCUACAACACGUUUAGACUGCACAGUCCCUGUGCRCUCUAUGGAUAUAACUUUUCCACAUCCCCUAAACUGGCUGCCAGUCCUGAGAAAAUYGUUUCUUCCCAAGGAAGUUUCUUGGGGUCCUCGCCAAGUGGAACCAUGACGGAUCGGCAGAUGUUGCCCCCCGUGGAAGGAGUGCACUUACUUAGCAGUGGGGGGCAGCAGAAUUUCUUUGACUCUAGGACCCUAGGAAGCUUGACACUCUCGUCUUCUCAAGUGUCUGCACAUAUGGUUUGAUGAAGCCUUUAAGUAAAAGUACAGUAUGUUUGGUGUCUACAAUGUAUUUCUUUUGGAAUAUGAAAGGACACUCGAUGUAGCUUGUAAAGUGUGUGUGUAUAUAUAAUAUGAGAGGAAGUUAAACUGAAAUUUUGACUUGCUUAUGGCCAGAUUAUUUUCCUAUUUUGAGUUACACAGAGUUUGCUGUGGUGCAGACUGCCUUAGUUUUCUGGUGUAAUACACUUAGUUGUAUAACACAUUGGGACAUAUGCAACAAAUUAAGUAAGACUUCCUCCCCUUUCCCCCUCCUCUGUUCUAAUCCCUUUAAAGAACGAAAUGACACUUGSAGUAUUAAACAACACAAAAAAGCCCACUUACAUUUCCUAUAGAACUAGAGAGUUUCUUUAAAGCAUUCAUAUGAUGAGCUGAUGCACCAAAGGCAUUUUACCAGUUUCUUCUCUGUUAUAAGGGAUAUGAAGGAUAUUUGGACUUCUUAGUUAAGCAUCAAGCAUCCAGCCUAAAAUAGAAGUUUAGCUAAUGGAUUAUUUGCAAAGUAAAUGGAAAGAUCAGUUUGCCGUCUCAUGAUAUGCUGUUUUUAGCUUAUCAACAGCACAGCAUUCUCACUAGGACUUUAUUUUUUCAGCAUUAGUCUAGAUUUAUGAUUUAUGAUUAUAUAUUUGAAGACAAAUAAUGCAUAUUCAAAUUGUGGUGAUAGGAACAAUUAAAACCAACAGCAUUAGAAGCAGCAUUCCUUUAUAGGAAAUGAACUUUGGGGCACUUAAUUUUUGUCAUAGGAAGGGCUUGAUGCAUUUUUUCCUCCAUAAAUAUUGCCUAUAAGACAUUUACUGGACAGUAUGAUAUUCUAAUGUAUCUUUGUUUUUGUAKUUUUACUUUUUUAAAGGAAAAUGCAGGUUUGAUUUAGGAAAAAAACAACAAAAAAAAAACAGUGGGCAGGAUGAGAAAUUCCAUUAUUGGUUUUAACUGUUUUGUUUGUGUGUGUUGUGUUUUGGGUUUGGUCUGUGCUUUUUUGUUUGUUUGGUUAGUUUUUUUUUUAAGGGGCAAGAGGUCCCGCAUCCUCAGUAUUUCAAAAAUACAUCACCUGUAUCAAUUAGGCAGAUGAUCUGGUUUGCCCAAAAGUGUUUUUGGAAGCAGAAUGUUGUCGUAGCGGCCUUCCUGUUUUUGUCCUGGUAUUGGAGAGGUUUCCUUCAUUCCCACUUCAGUUUYCUAAAUAGCACUUACAAGGAUGUAGAUCACCAUCUGCUCCUGACCAGACUUCUCCAGAGUGACAAGGACACAGGGAGGCACUUGCCAUGGUGAAAUUUCUGCCCUCAUCUGCCCCUGUGUAGCCCGGGUGUGUAUCAGUCCUUCUGCAAAUGCUGCCUCUCAGCUGCCCGUUUGUCAGAGCUGAACCGCAGAGGUUAUGGAACAAAUUUUAGUAUUUGAGGGAACAACUUAUCUUCAGCAGUCUCCUGAUCCUCAUUGAUAUUGUGCAGGUGAUGUAAAGGCAUUCUGAGAUGGGURCAGAUGUAUUUGACAGUGCUUCCCCUGUCAGCAUUGAAGGAGAUUAGGGUCUUUCAGGUUUUAUGUUUAUUAGAUUUUUUUGGUGAAGGUGAAUUUUCAUGCUUUUCAAGUGUUCCUGUAUUUUUUCUGGCAAAUGGCGGGCUUUACCAUCCUCACUCCAAGAAAGACUCACUUCAGUUAAUAUUUCUUCAGUGGGAUGGAGAUAAUACAUGCAGAAACAGCCCUCUUGCUAUCUCUUCUUAUUUGGGAAUAGAAGAGAAAGCACAGCAGUGUUAAAGCCUGUGCCUGAAGAUGGCUUUAUUUCUGUCAGUUAUGUAUUUGUUUCUGUUUAAGAUAUGUGUAAAGUUCUCAUUCGAAGUCAGAAAGGGAACAGGAUGCAAUUGAGGUAAUGUGGGCUUGCUUCUUUGCUGUCUCAAACUUCCCAAGUGACCUUCCUGAGUAAACCUAAGUUCACUCAGUCUCUAUCAGAUAUUUUUCCUUGUGAAAAAUAUGAGAAUAGCACUUCUCUUCCUCUGAGGAAAGGGUUUGACCAUACACUGAAGAUGAAGGUCAUCAUUAGAUUUGCUGUGCUGUGGACAGUGUGUUACAGAUGAMUGGCUGAGUAGUGUUCGCAUUUUGGGAUAACAAAAAGCAGUCGUGUGCRCUUCAGGUCUGUCACUGGUCUUGGCAGUGCAGUGUCCUUCAAGGCAAACUUCCUAGACAGGACCUGCAAUGCUAAAAACGCUAUUCAAACUCAUGGUAAUGAUUUGUGAAAUGGUUCUAAGGUGUGUGGAAGAUAGGCAAAUUUUCAGCUGUAAAUUGUCACAGCUGUACUGGUUUAAAUUAAGAAGGAACUGGUGUAUAGUUAUUCCUGCUCUAGCCAAAAGUUUGAAAUAUUGCAGUUGGAAAAAUACUUAAAUGGGAAAAAUGGUACAAUUAAUUUGUACUUGAAAAAGGGUAGUUAUCUGUGUCAACUUUAGGAGCUGUGACUAGGUAGAAAUGUGGAAGAGCCAAAUCAUGCAUGUUCCAACAAGGUAAGAAAAGAAAAAGGGUUGUGCGUGGAUGUUCAUGGUGAUGCUCCUGGCAAGACUAUGUACUUUAUUGUCUGGGAAUUUUUUAGAACUGGUCUCUUAUUUUUCCUCAAAUUAUUCUUAUCAUAUACUCACACAAUAUUGUUUCAUUUGUUCCUUAAGAUUUGAAUAAUAYUGUAAAUACUGGUUUGUCAUUGUGAAAGGACUAGCUUUUUAUCAAUACAGUAAAUGCUAUAUAUGCAUUAUAUCUAUAAUUAUAUAUCUGUAUUUUACAAAAAUGACACAGAAAAUAUAUUAAAGUGUGUAUUCAAACACUUUUUACUACAUUUGGAAAACUGAGAGACUUCAGCCUGUUUUUUUUUCUCUACAACUUCAGGAAGACCAAAGGAAGUAACUCCUAAGGUAAGCUCUGAAUUUCAGAGACUUAAUACAACAAGUUGCAUCUAGUCCACAAUUUUUAACCAUCUGCAGCUGAAUCUGUUUUGUUGUUUCUGURCAGAAGAAUUGUCCCAAUAGAUGCUGUGUACGCGGAGAUAUUCAGGCUGAAAGCAGAGCUGUGGGGAAAAGGGAYUGAGCUGCUUGCCAGGGAUUUUAGCCAGUGAUGGAGCUUUAGUACUUCUUACCCCAUGUCAUCCUAGCUGCCAGGAUCAGUUCAGCUGCCCCAUGUCAACUGGAUCUGGGAAGUUAGCACAUCCCUGUGAACAGUUUCUUGAGCGGGGGCUUGAUACUCUGCACAUUUUCUCUCUGUAUUUCUUUGGUAACUUGCCCUCUGUUCUUCUAGUUCUAAAUGCAAAAAGCCAUUGAUUUUGAAGGCAGAAUUUACAACCUAUAAUCAUCUGGGUAUACUGUUACUCAGCAAUGAGCAGCAUUUCUCCCCCCAGAAAUACUGUUGUGCAUAGUGGCCUUAUUUCCUAUUGUACUGCAAUAAAUGAUUCCAUGUGACGUAGGGCACAGGGCCUGAAAAUCUGAUUACUUCAGAGACUAGGGUUUCAUAGUCACUUAACACCAGCAUUGUUGCAAAUGACCAGAAUUAGGGCAAGAGAAGUAGGCAUGAAAUGCUUGAUCAUAAAUAUCAGGCCUCCAGAGAGAAUGAAGCUUCUGUUUUUAAUAAGAGAACAGUCUUUUUUUUUUUUCUGAAUAGCACAAUCAGAGUCUUAAGAGGGCUCAUUUCUGCUUCAGCAGAGAGACAACUGGAGCARCUUGAAAGUCAUGGACAUUGUUGUCGCUAAUGUCAGUAAGCCUGUACCAUAAGCAGUUCAAUAGAAAAAAUAUAAAUCAUCAUCAUCAUAAGUAGUUCACAAGUUCUAUGGGUAUUUUUUUCUUGUAAAGAUAAUAUAUCUAAUUAAUCUGUGUAGAUGUGUGUUCUGAAAGGUCACAGUUUAUCAUGAUGAAUGCUUUUUUGGGUCUAAACUCUGCACUUCAGAUGACAAAAACUAUUAAUUUGACAGUUGAGCUCUUCAUUAACAUGAUCCCCRAGAUUUAGUAUGUUGCCUUGUAUCUACCACAAACUUGUAGAUAUGUCAAUUUAAUAUAUGCAAAACUACAGGAGAAUUCAUGUUCUGCCUUUAUGUUCCACYUUAUUCCUCAGUUACUUGGUUGAUGCAAAACACUGACAUACCAGGGUGGCACACACUUGUAAGAGGURAACCUGCUUCAUUAGGAAAUAACGUUUCUAGAAAAUUCAACUUGCUUUAAAUGCUUUUUGUCGUUGUUGUGUUCAAGCUCUGAAAUGGUGUUUGUUACCCAAAAAAAGCAGAAGUUCUUUGCAGUGACCGCUUACUCUUGAAAUCCUGUGUAUUCACCACUUACUCUUGAAAAGCGGUGUUGAAUUKGCCAUAAAACCAUCUGAGAUAGUUGGUGCCCAAUGCCCAGAGAGAGCAAUUUCAGCAAAAUAAGAAUCUGAAUCUUCUGCCUCAAUUUUAGAAUUUGAAGUCUGUAAAGAAAAUGUUUUUAAGGAGCAUCAGUGAAUCAGGUCAAAUACUGUGGGCAAGUAGAAAAAACUCACCUGAACUUCAUUUCUGUGUAACGUGUCAUCCCACAAAUCUCACAUCUUCCACUAUAGCAGAAUGAAUAUUAAGCUUCCAUGAGCUGGAUAAAUUUCCAGAUUUUUUCUUUGUGGCCUUUCUAAAUGUUGGAGGUAGCCCCCAAGUUUCAUGAMAAGUACCUGGGCUCCAGUUUUGUGGCAGGAAAUGGCAGGAGACAUGGAGAGAGCACGAAUGGACCCUUCAAUGCCAUAACACACCUUUGGAAUGUCACGGGUGCUGUGAUGGCACCCGCAAUGCAUGGUUCUAUCCAAACACAUCUCAGUGCACCUCUCACAUGAGGCUGUAACCUAAACUGAGAACUGACAUCAAAGGCUAGUCAGCGAGGAUAAAGUGUGAUGUGAAAAUCCUUGGUCCACCUGAAAGCUGGGCUGUGGCAGGGGGUGUUCAGCACAGCCCCAGCACGGACUCGGUGUUUGUCAGUGCUGCUGCCAGUUUGGGCUGUGCCCUUAGGUUCAUUUGCACACCACUGGUUUUAUUUAGAUGCUGUAACAGAGAGCCAAGAAUAAAUUUAGAGCACAUUGAAGGAAACSUGGACUCACUGUGGCCAGUGGUAAUGUUGCCACUGACUUGAGCUUUAUGGAUAACCACAUUUUCAGAUGCUAAGCCAUCCCUCUUUCUCUUCUGGAGUGCUUUACCCAUGCAGCAGCUGUAGUCAUAAUGGCCAUGGCCAUUUUUCUGUCCAUUGGUGAUGUUUUUCAGARGAAUAGCUGGCUUUUUUUUGUUUCACAUUCUCUUAUUUGGUUUUAAAAUUUGUGGUUCUGCAGUUUUUGAGCCAUAGACUGAAAGACAAGACAAGGCUGCAACUCGUUGCUCCAUCCCCCAGAAGCUCUUGCCUAUGGAUGGUGUAUUCCUUUCCACUGCAGAUAAUUGACUAUAUAUUUCCCCACAAUGUUUUUAUU